UUUCAGGUACCAGGACAUGAGGAGACAGAUCGGCUUUGAGAUCAGAGACAUGUGGUAUAAUCUAGGUCCACACAAGAUCAAGUUCAUCCCAGAGAUGGUGGGUCCCAUCCUAGAGAUGACUCUGGUCCCAGAGAUAGAGCUGAGGAAAGCUACCAUCCCCAUCUUCUUUGACAUGAUGCAGUGUGAAUUCCACUUCACAUGCAGCUUCCAAAGGUUUGAGAAUGAGAUCAUCACCAAACUGGAUCACGAGGUGGAGGGGGGCAGAGGAGACGAGCAGUACAAAGUCCUCUUCCACAAGAUUCUGUUGGAACACUGCAGGAAACACAAGUACCUGUCUAAGAGUGGGGAGAGCUUUGUGAACCUGGUGGUUCGUCUGUUGGAGAGGCUCCUGGACUACAGGACCAUCAUGCACGACGAGAACAAGGAGAACCGGAUGAGCUGCACCGUCAACGUGCUGAACUUCUACAAGGAGAUAGAGAGAGAGGAGAUGUACAUCAGGUACCUGUACAAGCUGUGUGACCUCCACAAGGAGUGUGACAACUACACUGAAGCUGCCUACACACUGCUGCUGCACGCUAAGCUGCUGAAGUGGUCUGAGGAGCCGUGUGCAGCUCACCUGACCCAGAGAGAUGGCUACCAGGCCUCCACACAAGGACAACUCAAGGACCAGCUCUACCAGGAGAUCAUCAACUUCUUCGACAAGGGCAAGAUGUGGGAGGAAGCCAUCGUACUAGGAAAGGAGCUGGCAGACCAGUAUGAGAAUGAGAUGUUUGACUUUGAGCAGCUCAGUGCCUCCUUGAGGAAACAGGCUCAGUUCUACGAGAACAUUGUGAAGGUGAUCCGGCCCAAGCCAGACUACUUUGCUGUGGGAUACUAUGGAGUGGGCUUCCCUUCCUUCCUCAGGAACAAGAUGUUCAUCUAUAGGGGGAAGGAGUACGAGAGGAGAGAGGACUUUGAGGCCAGACUGCUCACCCAGUUCCCCAACGCCGACAAGAUGAAGACGACCACGCCGCCCGGCGAGGACAUCAAGACCUCUUCCUCACAGUGCAUCCAGUGUUUCACCGUCAAGCCGGUUCUAGAACUCCCUUCAAAGUUCCAGAACAAACCUGUCUCUGAGCAGAUCGUCAGUUUUUACAUGAUAAAUGAAGUGUAUCAGUUUCAGUACUCCAGACCGGUGAGGAAGGGAGAGAAGGACCCAGACAACGAGUUCUCGAACAUGUGGAUCGAGCGAACCACUUACACCACGGCCUACAAACUGCCUGGGAUCCUGAGAUGGUUCGACGUGAGGUCUGUCUCCACGGAGGAGAUCAGCCCAUUGGAGAAUGCCAUGGAGACGAUGCAACUGACCAAUGAGAAGAUCAGCAACAUGGUGCAGCGUCACCUGAACGACUCCAACCUUCCCAUCAACCCCCUCUCCAUGCUGCUCAACGGCAUCGUGGACCCCGCUGUCAUGGGCGGUUUCACCAACUACGAGAAGGCAUUCUUCACAGAGAAGUAUCAGGGGGAUCACCCUGAGGACCAGGAGAAACUGGACAAACUGAAAGACCUGAUCGCAUGGCAGCGAAACCGUCGCAAACAUGUGAUCUGGACGGAACAUCAACAGAACGUUAUGAUGCCACAGAACGUUAUGAUGCCACAGAACGUUAUGAUGCAACAGAACGUUAUGAUGCAACAGAACGUUAUGAUGCAACAGAACGUUAUGAUGCAACAGAACGUUAUGAUGCAACAGAACGUUAUGAUGCCAUGA